AUUAAUUACAAAGUUACAAAGUCAAGAAAAAGCAAAGCCGCACGCAGCCGUUGUUCUUCACUGCUCCACCGCCGCUGCCACCGCCUGUAUGUUCAACCUCACUGUUUUUUUAUGCCUCAGCAUCUCGAAAUUUUAAAGGUUUCCAGUCUUUUGGACAACUGCGAUGCUCAUUAGGGAGUGUUACAAAUUUUUGAGCCAAAAGUGUAACCCGGUUUAAUAUGAUAACAAGUGGACGCUUUAUAAUGCGUAUGGCACCAUUGAGAAACUCUACAGAGCCGUAUUGUACUUCAAGUCCUUCAGAAAUUCUCUGACAGUUGCUUUUCUUGUUAAGUUUUUGGCCACUCUAGGUAAAAUGGAGUACCCCUUUUCCAGUAACGGAAAGAGUAACGAAUUUCCGUAUUUACCUAGGAAUCGGGUGGUGGAUAUGGCUGCAAGGUCAACAGAUGAGAGUGCACAGAGCUCAAAUGUGGAGGACUCGUUUGGUAAUGCAGUGGAUCUGAUGAAUUUUGACACAUAUGCUGGAUGGUGCAACAGCCCCAACAAUUUGGUGGACCAGAUGUUUCCCUCCUUUGCCAAUUUCUCGCCUCUUGAUGGAUUGAACUUCACGCAGCAUAAUUCGGGAAUGUCACUAUUGGAUAGUGAUGUUAAUGGAAGUUCAUCUAUGAAUGAAGACAAGGUGGUGCUUCAUAAUGUCGACUACCAACUUCCUUUCACAAGAAGCCCUGUUGAUGAUGGGCUCAGUUUGACUGAGAUGAGAGAUAGAAGCCCGAAGCAUAAGCUAAUUGGUGAUGUAGGGAACAGUGUGAUCCCAAGGCCUCCUAUCCAAUCUCUGGCUGAGCGAAUGCUAAGAGCUUUGGAUCUAUUCAAAGAAUGGUCUGGAAGGGGUAUUUUAGCUCAAGUGUGGGUUCCGAUGAAGAAUGGGGAUCAAUACAUCUUAAGCACUUCUGACCAACCUUUUUUACUUGACCAAACACUUAUCGGAUAUCGUGAAGUGUCUAGGUCAUUUACAUUUGCAGCAGAAUCAAAGGCAGGAUCUUUCUCAGGGCUUCCUGGUCGUGUAUUUGCUUCAAGGGUUCCAGAAUGGACCUCAAACGUAAUGUACUACAGUAAGGGUGAGUACCAUCGGGUACAAUAUGCUAUUGACCAUGAAGUUCGAGGAUCCAUUGCUAUACCUGUUUUUGAUGACGAGUUGCUUGAAAGUCCGUGCUGUGCCGUGCUAGAACUUGUUACCACGAUGGAGAAGUCCAAUUUUGAUUUGGAGAUGGAAAAUGUUUGUCGCGCACUCCAGGCUGUGAAAUUAAGGAGCCCUGCACCUCCGAGACAUUUUUCCCAGAGUUUAUCCAAUAAUCAAAGAGCAGCUUUAUCCGAGAUUACAGAUGUUUUACGUGCAGUAUGCUAUGCACAUCGACUGCCUCUUGCAUUAACAUGGAUACCUUGUAGUUUGGGGCAGGGUGAAGGAACUAUGCAGAUACAUGCUAGAGAACACAAUAGGAAUGUAAAUGAGAAAAUUGUACUAUGCAUUGAGGAUAGUGCCUGUUACGUGAAUGACAAAGAUAUGAAGGAUUUCGUGCAUGCAUGCCAGGAACAUUAUCUUGAGGAAGGACAAGGAAUUGCUGGAAAGGCUCUACAAUCGACCCACCCAUUCUUUUACCAUGAUGUCAAGGAAUAUCAUAUAAGCGAGUAUCCACUUGUUCAUCAUGCCCGUAAAUUUGGCCUAAGUGCUGCAGUUGCAAUCCGCCUAAGAAGUACUUAUACGGGUGACAGUGACUAUAUAUUGGAGUUCUUUCUUCCUGUCAAUAUGAAGGGAAGUACAGAACAACAACUACUGCUUAAUAACCUCUCUGGUACCAUGCAGAGGAUCUGUAAGAGUUUAAGGACUGUAUCUGAAACUGAAUUACAUGGGAUGGGUGACUCCAAAUUGAAAUCACAGGAUUCGGAAAUGAGAAACAUAUCAUCAACAACAGUAUCAGAGAGGAGUCCUGAACAGUCGUUUAUUGGUGGAAAUUUGAAAAAUAUCGAUCCCGUUCCUCAGAAUGUAGUUGGAUCGACAACCACUAGGAAAGAAGCUGAUAGUCCUCAAGACCAGAAUGUGGCUGGCUCGAGGAAACAUGUGGAGAAGAAGCGAAGUACAGCUGAGAAACAUGUUAGCUUAAGUGUUCUUCAACAAUACUUCUCCGGGAGCCUCAAAGACGCCGCGAAAAGUAUUGGUGUGUGCCCAACUACUCUGAAAAGGAUAUGCAGACAAUAUGGCAUCUCACGAUGGCCUUCUCGAAAAAUCAAUAAGGUGAAUCGUUCUUUGAGAAAGAUACAAAGCGUGCUUGAUUCUGUCCAAGGGGUGGAAGGAGGAUUGAAGUUUGAUCCAGCAACAGGCGGUCUUGUUCCUACUGGUCCUAUCGUCGAAGAAUUCGAGACUAGAAAAAGAACUGGCCUGCCCAACAAAGAUGGUAUGAUUAGAGACUUUGAUUUAAUCCAAAAUAUAAACUCUGCACCAGCAUCAUCUUUCAUGGACGUUCAAACCUCCAUUGUAAAAAUGGAAGAUGAGUGUCUCUUAGAUGGAAGCCAAAUGGUAGGAAAAUGUGAGCCACGUCCUCCUCAUCUGCCGAGUUUAGAGCAAUCUAGGUUAGCUGCACUAGAUACUGGGGUAACCCGACCUAUCAGCCUAAACAGUGUGCAUUGGACAACUUCUCCAAAUGUCUUACCGAGUUCGUUCCUUCCCUCAAAAACCCCCGAUAGGUGGGAAUUCACUAAUAAAUCUCAUUUCAUUCCUCAAAACUCAAGCUCGGUGGCAGUUGGUAACAAGGUGGAUACCAGAUCAAAAGAUGAAAUUGUCACUUCCCGCGAACACAACCAACCUAGUUCCUCGGGCAUGACAGGCUCAUCUGACGGGUCUGGAUCUGGAUCACUGAUGAACAACAGUUCAUCAAGCUCCAGAAGCUCCAGCAAGAGGCAGAAUCAUAAAAGUGAAACCGGUCAUAUAGAUAGUGGGUCAAAAAUAGUAGUGAAGGCUACUUACAAAGACGACAUGGUCCGGUUCAAAUUCGACACAGCUUCCGGGUGCAUUCUACUGUAUGAGGAAAUAGCAAGGAGAUUCAAACUCCAGGUAGGUCAGUUCCAGCUCAAGUAUUUGGACGAUGAAGAGGAAUGGGUGAUGUUGGUAAGUGAUUCGGAUUUGCAAGAAUGUCUCGAAAUAUUAGAUUUCAUGGGCACUCGCAGUGUGAAGUUUCUCGUUCGUGACGAGGUAAGUGCUAUAGGAAGCUCUGGUGGCAGCAACUGCUUCCUAGGAGAGGGUUCUUGAUCAUCUGCAGCUGGUGCCGGCGUACAACUGAUUUCGAACUAUUCCAGAUGAUGAUCCAUGCUCAUGGAUCCAUCAACAAAAGGUAUGAAGCUCAUAUGAAGGAAAAGGAAAAAACGCUCAAAUUCAUACCAUUUUGCACUACUGUGAAGAUUAUAGAUAGAUAAGUAUAUGGUAAUUAAUAGGACAGUGUUAGAUUGUGUAUAUAAUCUUUGUUACAAUUCACUCUUUACUUUGUCGUGUAUAAUGCAUUUCUUUACAGUA